UCCAGCAGAAGCAAUACUCAGUGGUCCUUGACUGACUACACAUCAAAACUGCUAGAAGAACAGAGGGACCGAAGCAGCAGCAAUACACCUGAGAAAUCCAACACCCCAGCAACCAUUCCACAAAACAAAGAGUAUCUCCAGUCCUGUCUCUGGGUGAGAGGAAUCUCUGGAGCCAUGAAUGCCUCACGGUUUCUCUCUACUCUCACUUUUGUGCUUCUCAUUGGAGAGAGCAUAGCUUGGUAUUACAACACCUCCAUCGAACUCAUGACCUACGAUGAAGCCAGUGCGUACUGUCAACAGAAGUACACACAUCUGGUGGCAAUUCAGAACAAAGAAGAGAUCAAUUACCUGAACUCCAAUCUGAGAUUUUCACCAAGUUAUUACUGGAUUGGAAUCAGAAAGGUCAAUAACGUAUGGAUCUGGGUGGGGACCCAAAAGCCUCUGACCGAGGAGGCUAAGAACUGGGCACCUGGUGAGCCCAAUAACAAGCAGAAGAAUGAGGACUGUGUAGAAAUCUACAUCAAAAGACUCAAUGACCCGGGCAUGUGGAAUGACGAGAGAUGUGACAAAAAGAAACUGGCUCUGUGCUACACAGCUUCCUGUACCCCUGCAUCCUGCAGUGGCCAUGGUGAAUGUGUAGAGACCAUCAACAGUUACACUUGUCAGUGCCACCCUGGCUUUCUCGGACCCAACUGUGAGCAAGUUGUGACGUGCGAAGCGCAGAAGCAUCCUGACCAUGGAAGCCUGGACUGCACGCAUCCUUUUGGCCACUUCAGCUAUAAUUCCUCCUGCUCUCUCAGAUGUCAAAGGGGCUACCUGCCAAGCAGCCCAGAGUCCACCAUGCGGUGUAUGUCCUCUGGAGAAUGGAGUGUGGCUGCUCUGUCCUGCAAUGUGGUUGAAUGUGAAGCUUUGUCACACCCUGCCAAUGGAAUCAGGAAAUGUUCCCCGAAUCCUGGGAGCUUCCCAUGGAACACGACCUGUGCGUUUGCCUGUGAUGAAGGGUACAGGCGAGUUGGAGUCCAGAGUCUGCUGUGUACCUCCUCUGGCGUCUGGGACAACGAGAAGCCAUCAUGCAAAGCUGUGACCUGUGAUGCCAUCCCUCAGCUCCAGCAUGGCUCUGUGAGCUGCAGCAACUCAACUGGAUUGGCCUUUAAGUCAUCCUGCAACUUCACCUGUGACCAAAGUUACACGUUGGAGGGGCCGGCCCAGGUUGAAUGCAGUGUAGAAGGGCAGUGGACACCACAGAUUCCAGUGUGCAAAGCUUUCCAGUGUAAAGCCUUAUCCAGGCCACCAUGGGGCUCCAUGAAAUGUCUUCCCAGUGCUUCUGGACCUUUCCACAGUGGAUCCAGUUGUGAGUUCUCCUGUGAUCAAGGAUUUGAACUGAAGGGAUCAAAAAGGCUUCAGUGUGGCCCAAGAGGGGAGUGGGACAGCAAAAAGCCCACAUGUUCAGCUGUGAAAUGUGAUGCUCUCCCUCAAACCCAGAACGGUUUAAUGGAGUGUGCUCAUGCUACUACUGGUAACUUCACCUACAAGUCCCUGUGCACCUUUCAAUGCAACAAAGGCUUCAAAUUACAUGGAUCAGCUCAGCUUGAGUGCACAUCCCAGGGCCAGUGGACCCAGGAGGUGCCCUCCUGCCAAGUGGCACAUUGCUCAAGCCUUCAAGUGCCAGGAAAGGCGAAUGUGAGCUGCAGUGGGGCGACCGUUUUCGGCACUGUCUGUGAAUUUACGUGUCCUGAUGGAUGGACACUCAAUGGGUCUGCAGUUCUGACGUGUAGGGACACAGGACACUGGUCGGGGAUGCUGCCUACCUGUGAAGCCCCCACAGACGCCACCCGUCCCUUGGUAGUUGCACUUUCUACAGCAGGAACCUCACUCCUGGCAUCAUCUUCAUUUCUCUACUUGUUGCUGAGAUACUUUCGAAAGAAAGCAAAGAAAUUUGUUCCUGCAAGCAGCUGCCAAAGCCUUCAAUCGUGUGGCAAUUAUCAAGUACCUUCUCACAUCAUCUAAGUUCACAACCAUCAGGAACACAGAUGCAUCCUGGGAAAUAGAAUGAUAUGCCGAAGACAGAAGAAAAAGAGCUGCCCGUGGGAUCCUGGUCUCUCUCGUCUGCUUAAUAACCAGGAUCCUGACUCUAUGGCUCAAAGUUCAGUGUCAAGGCCAGUCCUCCCCCAGAGAGACUCCGUUUCCUCUUUCCUAGCCACAGAACCAAGGACAUGCUGGCCACAGAAGGUUUCGGGUACGCUCUUCAAAAGAGAGUGAAGGCACCAAGGCCCUGGAACAGCCAAAUUCUAACUUCGUCACUCUGGAAUUUGGGAAGAGAAACAGCAUUUUGUGGCUUUGUUUCUUUCUCUUGUUCCCCAUUCAGUGUCUCGAUUGUUAAAGCCGUUAUUGGUGUUACAGGGAUAAAUACUAUUUGUCAGCAGUUAUGAGCAAACAGUUUUAUAUUUCUAUCGUGAAAAAAGGCAAAACUGUCAUAGCUUCAGGCUGUGGCACGGGACUGUUGUCAGAGGUACCAGGUACAGAUGCGGCUGAGUGCCUGAUAGCACUGCUAAGCAGGCUUACCGGAUUUAUCCCCAUGGGAUGCAGUGGCCUCUGAAAUAUUCUCAGACAUUGUGUUCUGUGUCCUUGCGUUGAACCUACCACGUUGUCCACCAUUCUUAUUUCAGUGCAAGGGUCAAAAGGACUUGAAAAAAAUCAGAAAUUCUGUGACCUAUGACAAGGCAAAAGUUAUCUUCAUUCAUUUUUUAUUGGCAAACUCUAACGUUUUAUCUGUAAUAAAUUUAUUUUCAAGAUGAGGAAUUACUGAUCAGUGUUAAUUCCUAAGAAUUAAACUGUAGCUGGUUUUAAGACAUGGUACUACCAGAAGAAUAGAAGUUAAAGAGAGAGCUUGCAUGCUUGGGGGAUUUUUUUUUUACCCCUAAAAUGUGUUUUUUUCUUUGGAAAAGAAAGAACUUCCUUGAGGCCAAAUGUUCUGAUUUAGUAGACGUGUAAGCACUAAAGUAGAGGUGCAUUUGAAAGUGUUUGUUUGAAAGCUCAUCUAAGCAUAAAUAUGAUUUGCAUUUCCAUAAAGGAGGUUCUUAUGCUGACAAGUGGAUACCUGAUUCUUGUAUAUUGUAUACAAUUCUAAAUCCAUGAUGAGGGUUCACCAUAUAAUAGAUCCAGGCAGUGGACUUUCAAAAAGUGUCUAACAGUUAUUCUGUAGUUGUUUUAUUCUCUGUGCUCGUAUGUUCUAGAAGAGGGGGAAGCUUGUGUACACAAUGAUUAUGUUGUCUUACAGAGAUUAAAAUUCCUAAGGAGUUUCACCUCUAGUUGGCAAUGACAAACCCUUGAUCAGUAAGAACCCAAAUUGUUCCCAUCAAAAGCGCCCAAGCUUCUGAAUUAACAUAUUAGAGAAAGAAAGGUCUUGAAAGUGCUUACAGAGUAGUGGCAAUGUAGAAGCCAACGGUGAACAAGGAGUGUGACAAGCAUUAGCACCAAAGGGGUAGGAGAGAGGAAGAGAGACCGCAAGAGCUAGAGAAAGAGAGUAGCCAUUGUGAAACUACACACUGUAAAUGCCUAGAUAUUUUGUAUCAGAAAUAACUGUAUGGAAUAUGAAUGUGGUCUGUAUUUGAA